CGAGUCUCCUGCAGAUCAUCAGAUUCUCUGGACCUGAACCGGCAGCCGCGUCAGUCGCUCUGUUGAUCCGGAUUCUAAUCUGAUCCCUAAAGUCUGGACCCAACCAUGAGUGCAAGCGUAUGGAUUUAUCAGGUUUUGGCGUGCAUACUGGUGAUUUUUGUCAAUAUAGGUUGCUUUCAAAACCCUCGUCGUCAGUCUUUGCAAAUGUAUGAAAAGAGUGAGAGCUACAUGCUGCUUUGCACAGACUGUUCUCAGACUCCAUUGAUACAAAAGAGCCGCUCACAGGAACACUGUGCGCGAAAGUGCAAGAUGAAAAACUUCAGCUGCAGAGCUUUCAACUAUCAAAGGCAACUCAAGAAAUGCCACCUUCUUCCUUUUGACCGUUUCACCCACGGUGUGCAGAAGCAGGCCAACAUCAACUUCACUUUGUAUGAAAAAAAAGAAUAUGUCAGAGAGUGUAUCAGUGGCACCAAGGACAACUACAGAGGGAGGAGGUCUUGGACGAAGUCAAACAUCACUUGCCAAGCUUGGUCUGAUAAUAACAUUAAUGAGCACACGUUUAACCCAGACAGGUACCGAAUGCAAGACUUGAGGGAAAACUUCUGCCGGAAUCCCAACAACGAUCCUGGUGGUCCGUGGUGUUACACCACAGACCCCAAUGUACGAUCUGAGGAGUGUGGCAUACCACAGUGUUCACAGGACGUUUGUAUGAGGUGUAAUGGAGAGGAUUAUCGGGGCAAAGUGGACCAAACAGAAAGUGGCAAGGAGUGCCAGAGGUGGGACUCAAAAUGGCCUCAUGCACACCAGUUUCAGCCCAAAAAGUAUCGAAAUAAAGACUUAAGGGACAACUAUUGUCGUAACCCCAAUAAUCGUCUGCGGCCCUGGUGCUACACCAUGGAUCCCAGAACUCCGUGGGAGUACUGCAGCAUCACUGUGUGUGACUCAGAGCCCAGUGAGGACACUGAUGUCAACACAACACUGUCCUGCAUCCAGGGGGACGGCAAAAAUUACAGAGGCACGAUGAAUAUCACUCCAGAGGGGGUGACAUGUCAGCGGUGGGACUCCCAGUUCCCCCACAACCACUCUUUUCUUCCUAUAAACUUUAAAUGCAACCAAUGUGUUUGUUACAGAGACCUCCGGGAAAAUUACUGCCGCAACCCUGAUGGAGCAGAUUACCCAUGGUGCUUCACGACAGACCCUAAUCAGAGGAUUGCCAAAUGCACCCAUAUCUCCAGAUGUGAUGCAGAAGCCAUGGCAAAAAUAGAGUGUUACGAAGACAAUGGAGAGAUGUACCGGGGCACCUUAUCGACAACUCGAUCAGGAAUUCCGUGUGCAGACUGGUCACCUCAUAUAAACAGUGGGGAUUCUCACUCUACAAUAUCCCACGUAGGGCUGGAGAGGAACCACUGCCGGAAUCCAGACCGAGACAAACAUGGCCCCUGGUGUUACACAAGUCCAAAUAACCGCUUAGUCUGGGACUACUGCAAGCUGAAGCAAUGUGGAUCGGUAACAGUGGCUCCUCAACCAAAUAAUCUAACUAGGCCCAAGAUAUCAUGCUUUGUGCAUAUAAAUACCAGAAUAGUCGGAGGACAUGAAGUACGAGGAACUGACGGCAGCUGGGUUGUAAGCAUCCAAAGAGAGAAGGUUCAUUUGUGUGGUGGCUCACUGAUCAGAGAGGACUGGGUUUUAACCGACCAGCAGUGCUUCACAUCCUGUGUUCCUGCUCUUAAGGAUUACAGUGUCCAAGUCGGUCUGCGUCACCUUAACGAAUCUUCGAGGCGUCCUAGAUUGCGGAUCUCUCGUCUGAUCUGUGGCCCGGAGGGAUCCAAUCUAGUUAUGUUGAAACUAGAGGUUCCUGCCCCUGUGUCAGAGGGUGCGUCUACGAUUCAUCUCCCGGUAAAAGAGUGUCACAUCACUGAAGGCACCAACUGCACCAUGUACGGAUGGGGGGAAACAAAAAAUACAGGACUUGAUGAAGCUCUGAACUCUGUGACAAUGCCCAUGGUCGACAAUGACAUGUGCUCAAAAAUCAAAGGGGACACCAAGGAGAGCAGAAUAUGUGCCGGAGGCAAGAUAGGUGAAGGUGUAUGUGAUAGGGAUUAUGGUGGUCCGCUGGUUUGCCAGGAACAUGAGCGAAAAGUUAUCAUUGGUGUGAGCAUCCAAAGGACAAAAUGUGCCUCCUCGCAGCCUGCCCUAUUUGUUAAUGUUGCCUUCUACUCAGAGUGGAUUUACAAAGUGUUUAAACUUUAUCCCAGUUUGGAGAGGAACUGAUGGCUUAGUAUGGGAUCAGUCCUAUUGUGGACAGUAUAUGAAGGGGCAUUCAGGGCCAAAAAGCAUUGCAAGGCCUUUCCACCUGAAGUAAGCAAUGAGGAAAACCAAAUUUGGGAGAGUUGCCAUUUUGUUGGAGCUUGGAUUUGAAUGAUGGAAUGUUACUGCCUUAAAAAUCUAGAAGAUCUGCUUUCAUUUGGUACAUUGAUGGCAGACUUACUGAAGCCAUGCAAUCAAAAACAACACAAAAGGCAAGUUAAAUCUGAGCGUAUCUCCUGGAAUAUACUUGAAUCUGGUUUAUUUGGCGGCUACCAGUUAAAGUAGCCCUCUUUGUCUGGAUUUUUUUUCAAUUUGUUUAGCUGGGCUACAAAUUGUGCUUUUUUAUUUAAAAAAAAAAAAAAAGAUGUGGUAUGGGAAAUAUGAAACAGUAUUGGGGUCCAAAAUACCACUUUCCAGCAAAUAGAUAUUCAAAUAUGUGACAGAUUUAAUCCUCUCUCUCUCUCUCUCUUUGUUAAAUCAAUAGGUGAUCAUUUAAAUCAAACUGGAAAUACAUAUCAUAAAUAAAUAAAUAGAUCAGUAGUUUAAAUGUUUAAGUCAUUUAUAAAAUAUAUAUAAAAAUAAGGAUAAUUUCAGUGUAUCAUAUGAUAGGAAUACAAAUGUAAAUGUUUCAGUAUUUAAUUGUUUUGGUUUCUUGUUUUGCACAUCAUCAAAAAUUUAUUUGAUCUAUUUCCUUUACCCGUCAAAGUCAGUUGCGAAAACGGGUCUUGCAGUUAAACUGCUGAACAGGUCAACCAAUCAGAUGUUUGGGUCUAUGUUGACAAGCCAUAGUAAUCAUUUAGAAUUGUUUUAUGAGGAUUGUAACACAGGAAAACUGAAAUAGUUACAUACUGAAAUAAAAGUAUACUGUAUGAUGUACUGUUUAAAAUAAAUUAUAAUAAAGACAUUAAAACUUGCAUUUAUUAAGUCUUAAUGUAUUUAUCAUAGUUUAUUUUAAACACGUGCAUAAAUAUUUAAUUGUUAAAUAUUUUUUUUCAUUUAAUAAUGGCACUUCUGGUCUUCAAUCCAGAAUACAGGUAUAUCAGCUCUGGUUGUUGGGUAGUUUAUGUAUAUUACAGCUGUUAGUUGUUUCAAUGUUAAAAGCAUAAACCAUAAAACUAUGGAAACAGCUUAAAAAAUAAAAAAUGUCAUAAAAUUCCUCUUUGGCUCCCAAUGAGAAAAUAAGUACGUCAGACAGUUUAUAAAGCUAAAACUGUCUGCCUGGAAGUCCAGCAGAGGUACAAAACAAUUGGGCUUUAGUUCUAAAAAUCGUAGAUAUGAGUUUGUAGAAUGCAAAACAGUAGCAGCCGUGGCCAACCUGGCAGUUUUAAUUGUGUGCAGUAGCUGAACUGCCUUUUCCCCAGUUAGCUGUAACUGUUAGUUACUCCCGAGAGAGAAGGUUUAAGUAGGCCUGAGCAAACUGCUCCAGUUCUUAUGCUAAUAUUUGUAGCAUGAGAGAGAGAAGAGCCAUGCCAAAUAUAACAUGGCUGUUUGGUCUCCAGCUUGGAGAGAACUGUGGCCCCUGGUGGGCUGUGUGUGGUCAGUAGAAUAUUGUUUUGUUUGUAAUAUAAAAAGUGACUGUGUGUACAGACCUGCAGAUUUAUUUUGUUUCUGACAUGGUGUAAGGUUUUAUAGGUCUUAUAGAUCUUGAUUAUUGUUGGUUCACAAAGUACGGUCAGAUAGGCUUCUAUGGACUUCUGAUUAUGUGGAAUAUUUAAAAAAAAAAAUUAGGAUGUAGUAAUUUAUAUUUAUUUUUUUUAAGUGGGAGGAAGAAAAUUGUCAUAAUUGAGUUUAUAAUUUGAUGGUACGCUUACUUUGGGGUUUAUAUUACAAACAUGGUUUCAAAGAAAUUGGGAACCUUGGUGAAAUGUGAAGAAAACAAAUGUAAAGUUCACUCAGAUUCUACAAAAAGGUAGAGACGGUUCAUCAGCUGCUAAAACAUGGUUUAAAAGAACUAUAAUAUGGAGCCUUAUCACCAUACAAUGAUAAACCAGCAGCUGUGCCGUUGUAAUUCCAUCUCAAGCUUGUGCUCUCUAUGAUUUCUGAAUUUCAACUUUGAUCCAUCAGAGAGCCACUUUCCAUCUCAUCUCAGUUCAUUUAUAAAUGAGCUCAUUAGCUAAAACAGACAAAAACAUUUGAGGACUUUGUUUUUUUCCUUUGUGUUGUAACGUUUUAGUUUUUUUCAGGAAAUCAAAGUUUAUUUGAUGAUCCUUUGCUAGUCUAAAGAACAAUCACAAAUCUACGGCCUACAGUAUGAAUCUGUUUUCAUGAAUAAAUAAGCAGCAACAAUAUUUACAACAUGAUUGCAGCCCAAAAGUAGUCAUGCAUAUUUCACAAAUAAAAGGAAUGUCAUCGAAAAUCCAGAAAAUGUAUCCCUUGGCUGACAGGUAAUACCACAUGGCAAAGAUUAUUAGUUUAAUGGAAGUUUUGUUGUGACUAUGCCCUGAAAGUGUUGCAACUGUUAUUUAAUAUAGCCUAACAUAAUGUAAAUAUGUAAAUCUGGGUUGUACAUUUUUUGAAUAGCAUACUUAUAAAAUGCAGCUGCUAUUUCUUUUGUAUCCAUGAAAUUUUCUGAUUUUUGUAUCCUUUGUAUUCCUAUUUUUAAUAAACAAUUUUACAUUGAA